AUGUUUGACUACACCAACUUGCACGAGGUCUUCGCGGAGGGUCUUGCGAACCCGUACGAUCGCGAGACCCAGCGAGACAUCGAACACUCGCGCAAGGAAUUUGAUGGCGCUCUGUUCAUUGAUCGAGUCCUAAAGGCUGUGGGCAUAACAAAGGCCAAGAUCUACCCUCCCAAGACCGACAAUGCGUUGAAGCAAUUGCAUCAGCAAAUCUGUGAAUCCACAAUGUCAAUGCAGCACAAGUUCUCGAUCUUCUACUACAUCCUUCUCGAUUUCGACCUAACAGCAGGCCGCGAGAGCGCCUCUGACGCAUUCGUGGAUGCGUCUGGUAUGCCCAAGAAAUAUCAGAUCUUCAUGAAGGGCUUGUGGUAUCUGGAUCGUCAGGAAUACUCGCGAGCGCUCGAGUACAUUUCGCAUCCCUCUCUGAUCCCCGACUUUGCCGACAAUAUUAUGACCGUGCUCGUCCAGUCUGCUCAGGAUGGCGAUUACAGCAUUGCACUGUCAUACUUUUACACCGUGCAGCCCAAAUUGAAGACCUCAGCUGCUCUCGAGCUUCUCUUCGGUGCGAUGGCGAAAACCAACAUUUCGGAAGCGCUCUUCUAUUCCCGAACCCGAUCUCCCCAUACUCGCGAGUUGCUCUUCCGUCAAUUGAUCGCCUCUGUAUUGGACAGUCCACACGACGAGCUUUCCGAGCGCGCCAGCCAACUGACCUUUUUGCCCUUUGACAAAUCUGAGGAGGCCUGGUUCGAGGAGUAUCUUCUUCAUGGCAAUGGAAAGACGCAUAAGAAGGCAAAGGACACGCUUGUCAUGCGCAAGAUUGCGUGCGAUCAGUUCUCCGAUGUGACGAAGAUCCGACAUGGCGGACAAUGGUCUGGAAUCCUGGAGGGGAUCAAGGGUGGAAUUAAUGGACAUGCUGAAUAG